AAGACUGUGCCGUGUGCUGCUUACGGUCUUGUUAGUCGAGUACUUACUGAUCGUCAACGUAAUGUGUACUUAAAUCACAUUUAUAAAUCAUUGGUUGAAUCGUUUGCUGAAUCGUCAAUUCAAAUAAUCGUAACCUAUAAAGUGUAGUACAUUUUUGACAACCAAUUCAGUCUUCUCUGCGACGGGGACGAAGUAUUAAUUCGACGACAAACGCUAGCGUUGGGAGAGAAAGGAACAAGAAUCGACUGCAAAGCAAGUGUCAAAAAUUGUUUUUGUUUGCAAAAAAUCAAAAUUUUGCAAAACACAAAAGAGUUAUAAACAAAACUUGUAAAGAGUAAAAAUUAAAGUUCCCUGUGUUGAUACAAUCGUGUAAAGAUUUCCUAAAAUCCCUCCUUUCUUCACGGCCAAACGUAUUAAACGAUUUGCAUUCAAUCAAAAACAAAAAAAUCACAUUUGCAUUUGCAACGAAUAAAAGUGAAGAAAAAAAUUGAAAUUAAUUUAAGCCGCUUGGCAGGUGCUGCAGUGUCAAACAUCACAUCACGCAAAUAACCAACUGAAAUUUUAUGAAUAAAAGCUGCCAAAAGGGAAAAUAAAUAAGAUUAAUCCGUCGAAUAUUGGCACCAUAAAAACAUGAAUGAAAAUUCAGAAAAUUUACCAAAUGGCUCCUCUGGAGGGACUGGGAAUGUUGGGAUUCCCAAUGUCAACGAUUUAAAUACCAACGGAACAAACAAAAAUACGAUUGUGAUUGACAAUCAACCUAAACGUCGUGUCAGUAUUAUCUCAGAUCCAGCGCACGAAGGCCGCAGCAGCGUUGGCGCCUAUGAUAAUCCCGCUUACGAACAAAAUCCACGUAGAAAAAUAUCACAGACCUCUGUCCAUUCCCACACAGAAAUUGGUCCCGUUAGGAGGAAAAGUAUUUUGGUUAAUGCUGGUCAUGACAAGGAAUCGGACGACGGGUCCUUACACAGUUACGACAAUCGUCCCUACAGAAGUUCAGCGCUGGAUACGCUGAAUGCCAAAAUUGCUCAACAUCAACAAUCGCAAUCUAACUACAGCAGCAAUGUUGAGGAAUCUUGGCUUUACACCUUUUGUCUGAAAUGUCGUGGCGAGGAAACAACUCCAUCAUGGGAACCACCACAUUGGCAAAAACUAUUCCCCUACCCAUUGUGUCCAUCGUUCCGACAGUUUGCCAGAAUUUUGGUUUUAAUUUUGAUCGGUGUAUUAUUAUGGAUAACUGCCUUUGUGAUUAUUGGUGAUUCAGCUGCCCCUGGUGGUCAGCUCUUCAGUUUGGUGGUACUGGCUGUAGCAGCAAAUUUCGGUGGCUAUUUAAUAUCUUUGACAACAUUGCCGCGUCUCAUUGGUAUGCUGUUGGUGGGCAUACUCUUCCAGAAUGUUGGCUGGACCAAUUUGGAAGGAGACUUCUCCAUAGUCACGGCUCACUUGCGUAAAUUUGCCUUAACAAUUAUUUUAAUUCGAGCUGGCCUCGAAAUGGAACCUGAGGCUUUCAAAAAAGUCUAUAAGACUAUUCUCAAAUUGGGCAUCAUUCCUUGGAUUGUGGAAUGUAUUAUCAUCGGGGUGACCAGCCAUUUCUUCUUGGACCUACCUUGGGUUUGGGCUUUCCUUUUGGGCUCAAUUAUUGCGGCCGUUUCUCCUGCCGUGGUGGUGCCUUGUCUUUUCCGUUUGCGCACAAAAGGCUAUGGAGUUGCCAAGGGCAUUCCAACUUUGAUUAUUGCCGUGGCUGGUAUUGACGAUGCCUUGUCUGUUGCCGUUUUUGGUAUCAUCAGCAGUGUUAUGUUUUCGGAUCGUGGUCUUGGCUAUCAAAUUUCUCAGGCCCCAGUUUGUAUUAUUGGCGGUCUGGCUUUUGGCGUAGUCUGGGGUUAUAUUGCCAGAUUCUUCCCCGAAAAAGGUGAUCCAUACGUUGUGCCCAUGCGAACCAUUAUGUUGUUUGCCGGUGGCUUGGUGGCUAUUUAUGGUAGCGAGGAAAUAGGAUACGAAGGGGCAGGACCCUUGGCUGCAGUCUUUGCUGCCUUUGUUUCAAAUCUGUUUUGGUGCAAACAGGGCUGGGAAGUUGAGGACAAUCCCGUUUCGACAGCUUUUGAAAUCUUUUGGAUGAUUUUCGAACCAAUUCUAUUUGGUAUCACUGGUUCCACUGUCAAGAUAAACGAACUUGAUCCCGAUAUUGUGUCCGUCGGUGUAGGCUGUAUUAUUGGGGCAGCUGUUUUGCGUAUACUCUGCACGGCUGGUAUUGCUUUCGGUGAUCGCCUUAAUGUCAAGGAAAAGUUCUUUGUGGCUCUUUCAUGGAUGUCUAAAGCUACCGUGCAAGCCGCUUUGGGACCCGUAGCUCUCAAAAAUUUAGAUGCGAAUGCCACGGAAAGUGAGAAACACUACGCUUAUGUUGUACAAACAAUUGCGGUUUUGUCUAUUGUAUUGACCGCUCCCUUGGGCGCCAUUUUAAUUUCGGUUUCGGGCACAAAACUUUUAACGAAAACUAGACAGCCACAAAUAACUGAAGGUUGGCGCCGCAGUCACCGCCCUUCGAUUCGUGACAUCAGUAUCAUUGACGAGGAAGAGGAACGUGAAGAUCCUGAAAUUCCCGAGGAUAAGGAAACGGCCGAUAAUACACAGACCAAUACGCACAUUCCUCCCUUCACAUUGUCUUCCUACAACAAAUAAGUUUUUUAUUCUGCGUUCACUUUCUGUAUUUUUUGUCUUUUUCCUGUAAGCUUUAGCAUAAAGGUCAUCCAUGCUAUGGCAUCUGCAUUCUUAGCUACCUUUCCAGUAUACAUUUUCUUGAAAUUAAUUCCAGUGAAUUCAUUCCAGAUAAUGUUCUUGUCCUGCAUUGUUGUUAUGUUAUAUGUUAAGUUAAAUGUUAAUUUAAAAAAUAAUGAAUGUAAAUAAAUGUUUAAAACAACAACAAUUAA